CCAAAAGAAGAAAUUUGCAGAGCAGUUAACCCGGCCGUUUGCAAGACACUCAGAGACCUCUUGCUAGCAAAAACAAUGGCGGCGUGCAGUCGCAUUUAGUCGCGUGCGUCGGGGUGGGGCCUCGGCAGCGUUCAAGGGCGGGGUCUGGAUGCUGCAAUCCAUUCUCUCUGGUCUCCAGCCAACGUUUGGCAGCUAUGGCUUGGCCUCGUGUGCAGCUGGUUGUCACAGCUGAUGACUUUGGUUACUGCCCGCGGCGCGAUAAGGGCAUCGUGGAGGCCUUCCUGGCAGGAACUGUGACCAGCGUGUCACUGCUGGCCAACGGCACAGCCGCAGAGAGCGCAGCCGAGCUGGCCCGCAGGCACAGCAUUCCCACGGGCCUCCACGCCAACCUGACUGAGGGCCGUCCUGUGGGUCCCGCCCGCCACACCGCCUCGUCGCUCCUCAGCUCAGAAGGCUUCUUUCUCGGGAAGAUGGGAUUUCGGAAGGCCUUAGAGGCUGGAGACGUUGCUUUGCCUCAGGUGCGGGAGGAACUAGAAGCUCAACUCAACCGCUUCCGGGAGUUGUUGGGCAGGUCCCCCACGCAUGUGGACGGGCACCAGCACGUGCACGUGCUCCCAGGUGUGUGUCAGGUGUUCGCCGAGGCCCUGCAGGCGUUCGGGGUGCGUUUCACGCGGCUGCCAGUGGAACGCGGCGUGGGUAGCUGCUCGUGGCUGGAAGCACCAGCGCGUGCCUUCGCCUGCGCUGUGGAGAACGAUGCCCGGGCCGCCAUGGGCCCCUUCUCCCGCCACGGCCUGCGGUGGACCGAUGCCUUUGUGGGCCUGAGCACUUGUGGCCGGCACAUGUCUGCUCACCGAGUCUUGGCGUCACUGGCGCGGGCCCUGGAAGAUAUCCCUGCUGGCCGUCCCCUGACUGCCGAACUGAUGGCACACCCAGGAUACCCCAGUGUGCCUCCAGCAGGGGGCUGCGGUGAGGGCCCCGAUGCUUUCUCUUGUUCUUGGGAGCGGCUGCAUGAGCUGCACGUCCUCACGGCACCAACCCUGCGGGCUCGGCUGGCCCAGAAUGGUGUGCAGCUCUGCGCCAUAGACGACCUGGAUUCCAAAAGGCCGGGGGAAGGGGUUCCCUGUGAGGCAUCUCUGGAGCCCUUCCUGAAGCCUUCCCCACCCUGACACCAAAGGCCAGCUACGAACUGCCUCUCACUGUGGAGGAAGGCCAGGGCUAAAGCCUGGAACCAGGUCUUAUAGCAGGGUCUGGCUUACAGAGUGACAAGUCACUAAACCAGGUCCUUGCGACUGAGUAGUAUUGGGCAGCCCUGCCUGCAGACAGGCAGGGCUAGUCAGAGACAUCUGGACUUAGGGUCUGAUGAGCAUUUGGUGCCAAUUCAUGUGCAAAUCACAACCACUUGUUUAGUGGAGCAGUGGAGAGAUGUUGGUGUGUUAAUAA